AGUGUCAGGAUACAGUUCAAGGAUUAUGGCCAAAAUACAUUAAUGAGACAGAAAGGAAGAUUUGCAGGAUUUUCCAUUUAUCUUUCAAACUCGACAAGAAGAGAAGAUUGGAUUCUAUGUUACAAGGACGGACCAGAGUUACCUCCUUUGGAUUUUAAUACAACCUGCAUAAAAUAUGGACGAUACGUCAUUUAUUAUAAUGAAAGACUGAAGGGCGUUACUUAUCCUGAUGCUUACGAAUCUGUGGUCUAUACAACGUUGUGUGAAGUGUUAGUGCAUGGUUGUACUAAAAGUGGAGUUUAUGGAGUAAAUUGUGACAAAGUCUGUCCAAUCAACUGUCAAGAACAGAGAUGCAACGUAGUUAAUGGUAGUUGUCUGGGAUGUAGGCCAGGAUGGACCGGGGACAAGUGUGAUCAAUCAUGCCCUACUGGACGGUAUGGUAUUGGUUGUAACAGAAAAUGUGUUGGGCACUGCACAAACAAAGUCACCUGCAAUCGUGAGUUCGGUCAUUGUGUUAACGGCUGUGCCUCGGGAUGGAUGGGGGACAUGUGUGAUAAAGCCUGUCAGCUUGGAUAUUUUGGAAGAAAUUGCUCUGGUGUUUGCUCUAAGAGAUGUAUUAGUACAUGUAAUUUCACAGAUGGCUCUUGUGACUGUGCCCCUGGCUGGAGAGAAUCAAACUGCAGUGAAGAAUGUAUUCCUGGAACAUUUGGAGUGAGUUGUCAACACAGAUGCAGUGGUAACUGUAUUGCGAAUGAAACAUGCAGUAGAUUUGACGGUAGCUGCCCGAAAGGCUGCAAACCCCCAUAUGGUGGAUUGACAUGCGAUCAUAAUGCUCUAAUGGGUUCCCUCUCUGUCGAUUAUAAAAAAGAUUAUAAUGGAAUAACAAUAGGCCUUUCAGUUUCACUUACUGUGAAUUUCAUAGCUUGUGCUGUAAUUAUAUUUCUGUUGAGUGGACGGAUUUUGCAAAACAUCAGAACCAAAAAUAAGGCACAUUCUUGUAAAAAUGCUGCUCAGAGUACAGAAGGUAUUGGAGGAGUGUUGGAGGAGAAAAACAACUAUCAGGAAAUAUUGGUCUGUGCUGAUAACAAUGAAUACCAAAUGAUACAAGCCUCAGAAGAUAUUGUAACAGAGCAAGGAAGCACAUAUCUAAACCUUGCAUUUAGUACUCUCUAGAGUCUGCAAGUCUCUAGAGCUGCGUGUGCUUAAACUAGCCAACUCAAGA